AUGCCGGACCCUUCCCCGCGGCCGCCACUACGGCGCAGUUCUUUGGGGUCUCGCUCUUCUCGACUGUCCCUCGCGAUAUCGGCUGUGGAAGCUGGACGGCAUUCUCAUGAUUCAAGGGAUGACAGGCGCGAACAUAUACAAGAGAUUGAAGAAAUUAAACGAUAUGAAGACUUUACUACCAUAGACUGGGUCCAAGACGCCGCAAAAGCACAACUACAACGCCGAUUACAACAACGGAGUGCCGGGAACUUUAUAUCCGGCAGAGUUGGGUGGAAAAGAAGGAUAUGGGAAUCUUAUGAAGCUGGACAGGCAUGGAUUGUGGUUAGUUUGGUUGGUGCUUGUAUUGGGCUGAAUGCGGCGUUUUUGAGUAUUGUGACAGAAUGGCUGUCAGAUAUUAAGCUUGGACAUUGCCAGACGGGGUUUUACCUCAACGAAAAGUUCUGCUGUUGGGGAGAGGCUGAAGGUUGCGAAAACUGGAUACCGCACAGCUACUUUAGCGGCGUAAACUACAUAAUUUAUAUUCUAUUCUCAACAUUGUUCGCCUUGAUCAGCGCCACCCUCGUUCGCUCUUUCGCACCCUACGCUGCCGGUUCUGGUAUUUCGGAGAUAAAAUGUAUUAUCGCAGGAUUCGUCAUGAAGGGGUUUCUAGGCUUCUGGACGCUACUUAUCAAGUCUAUCGCCUUACCAUUAACAAUAGGUUCUGGGUUGAGUGUUGGGAAGGAAGGGCCUAGCGUACAUUAUGCGGUAUGCACGGGAAACGUUAUCAGUCGAUUUUUUCAAAAGUAUAAGAGAAGUGCCUCGAAAACAAGGGAGAUCCUUUCGGCUUGUGCGGCUGCUGGAGUGGCAGUUGCGUUCGGUAGUCCUAUCGGUGGGGUGCUGUUUUCGUUGGAGGAGAUGUCGUCAAAGUUUCCGUUGAAGACUAUGUGGAGGAGUUACUUUUGUGCUUUGGUGGCUACGGCGACGUUGGCGGCUAUGAACCCUUUCCGCACAGGACAAUUGGUCAUGUUCCAGGUCCAUUAUGAUCGUGACUGGCAUUUUUUUGAGAUCGUAUUUUACAUCAUCAUUGGUAUCUUUGGUGGACUGUACGGCGCCUUUGUGAUCAAGUGGAACUUGAGAGCUCAAGCGUUCCGAAAGAGGUUUUUGACAUCCUAUGCAGUCGCCGAAGCUACCUUUUUAGCAGCAGCUACGGCGUUGAUAUGCUAUCCAAACCACUUCCUGAGGAUAGACAUGACUGAGAGUAUGGAGAUUCUGUUCAGAGAGUGUGAAGGGAUGGAUUAUAACAAUCUUUGCGACCCGGACUACCGCUGGCGGAACGUCUUAUCGCUCGUUAUGGCAACCGUGCUCCGUUUAUUCUUGGUCAUCAUUUCAUACGGCUGUAAAGUUCCUGCUGGUAUUUUUGUACCUUCCAUGGCGAUUGGUGCAUCGUUUGGGCGAACGCUUGGAAUAAUAGUACAAGCGCUCUUCGAAGCAUAUCCGACGUCAAGUUUCUUCUCUAGCUGUGCGCCUGAUGUUCCCUGCAUAACACCAGGCACUUACGCCUUCCUUGGUGCCGCUGCCGCCCUUAGUGGGAUAAUGCACCUAACCGUAUCCGUUGUCGUCAUAAUGUUCGAACUCACGGGCGCGUUAACCUACAUCCUACCCACUAUGAUCGUAGUCGGGGUUACCAAGAUUGUUAGCAGUAACUUUGGAAAAGGCGGGAUCGCGGAUAGGAUGAUUUGGUUCAAUGGGUUUCCGUUUUUGGAUAAUAAAGAGGAACAUAGCUUUGGUAUUCCGGUAUCGCAGAUUAUGAGUGAGCGUGUGUCCGUUAUUCCUGCGACGGGUAUGGGGUUGAAUGAACUAGAACAUCUUUUGAAAGACCAUGAUUAUCGUGGGUUCCCAGUUGUCCAAGAUAGAUCUUCGAAUCUCUUGAUCGGAUAUAUCGGUAGAACAGAAUUAAAAUACGCAAUAGAGCGCGCAAGAAAAGAAAGAGCGCUAUCACAAAACACCCGCUGCUUCUUCACAAUCUCCACAAACCCCAGCUCUCCGACUCUCUCCCCAAUCACUGACCAGCCCCCACCACUUGCCUCCUCCUCUUCCUCCUCAAAUAGCAUAGACUUUAGUCGUUUCAUAGACGGAACACCUAUAACAGUCCACCCACGCAUGGCCCUCGAAACCGUAAUGCAGAUAUUCAAAAAGCUCGGGCCGAGGGUAAUACUCGUAGAACAAAGGGGAAGAUUAUGUGGACUAGUCACACCGAAGGAUUUGUUAAAAUACCAGUUUAAAGUCGAGAAUAGAGAACAUCCGAGGGAUGAUACUGGAGAGGCGGAGAUGCAGGAUAAAGUUUGGGCGUGGAUUGUGGGGGCUGGGGACUGGAUAUGGACUAGGGUUAAGGAGUUGAAGAUUGUGGGUGUUUUCUUUGGGAGGAGGGGUAGUAUUGGUGGUGAUAGAGGGAGGGGGAGGGGAAGAGGUGGGGAAGGGAGAGGAUAUGAAUACUCGGAGUUGAAUGAUGGAGUGGAGUUGGAAGGGGAGGUUGAUGAGGAUGGGGAUUUGGGGUCGCCGAGGCAGGAGAGGGUGAGAUGA